GCGCGUGCGACUUUCUCCCGCGUGUGUUGUUUUGGUUCCGCACCGUUAUUGCAGCCGCCCACGCACAGCUCGCUCCGGCACGGGACGUCCUCCCUCAGGUAGUGCUCUCGGACCACCCGGACCACCUUGCGACCCUUGCUGCCCCUGACGUGGACGAUCCUCUGAGUCUUUGUCAACUUCAUGCUGUUGACGGAGAAGCGGGAAUUUGUAAACUUCCGGGAUGCCGCGUCACGUGACGUCAUCUGUGCGUCAAUAAAAGUGCGCAUCGGAAAUCAAGGCGAAAAUUAAAAAGAAAAACACAACACGGAUAAAAUAAUUAAAGUUGAGGUUAGUACAGUGUUUUAGAUGGUUUUGUUUGAAAUCAAGCGACGAUACGCGUCCAUACGCGUUUAGAUACUGAACGUUUAAUGGACAUCUUGAAAUUAAUUUGAGCGAACCUGUGCUGUAAAAGUGAGAUUAAAUGUAGUGACUGGCCACCGGUGAAUCCUUCGACAGAAGGCGAUCAGAACCAGCGCUAAAAUAGACGCAGCGUCGUUUGUCGAAUUUAGUUGAUACCUUUAAAAUCUCGACAUAUUACAGCAUUAUUAUUAUUAUUAUUAUUAUGGAAAACAUCAGAUACACGUGGCUGUGGUGCGGACGGACGCGUGUAUUUGGGUCACAGAGCUGUGCUGAUCGAACUGGUAAUUAAUAUAUUUAAUUAAUUACAAGAAAGAGAUCGAUCAGCCUAAAGAAUGUGGGUCAACCACCCACGUCCAGCAUGUCAUUCGGGGACGUGUUUGCUUUAGUGUGUCCACGUGAUUGUUCAUUUUGGGUGGAUUAUUUGCUUUAUAUGCUCUGUGUUUCAUAACCAGUGAAACAUCUAAAUAAGUCUCUCAUGGAUGAUUCACACCUUCACAUUCAAGAGCAGAGGAGACGUGAAGUUUCUGCUGAGUGACCUUCUCAUGCGUCUCCAUCACAGGUGCUGGUGGACGUUUCGCUCAAUGCUGUUUGUUUAAAUAGCACCUUCAAGCAUUCCCCACUCACUCCCCACCUCCCUUACCCCGGGCCAUGGUUGGAGUGGAAGGAAAAGGGGCAGAUAGGAGGGAUGGCAGGGAAGAGAAUAGAGGAGAGUAGGAUGAACAUCAGGGGCAGGAAAGGGGGGGGGGAGGUGAGGGAGGUAGGGGGCAGUCUUUGGGACUGUGGACUGAUCUGAAAGAAGGGAUGGUGAUCCAGCUGCUGGAGUCACAGAAGAAGAUCCAGCUGCUGGAGCCACAGACGAAGAUCCAGCUGCCGGAGUCACAGACAAAGAUCCAGUUGCUGGAGCCACAGAAGAAGAUCCAGCUGCUGGAGUCACAGACAAAGAUCCAGGUGCCGGAGUCACAGAAGAAGAUCCAGCUGCUGGAGCCACUAAAGGAGACAAGUCUGUUGCUGCAGAGAUCACGGAGACACCUGCUGGACUAACCACAGAAGAUCUAACUGCCACAGAAGAAGCAGAACCUGGCACAGUCAGAGAAGUCAAAGUUAUUUCAGAAGAUCUAGAAGCCGGGCCGACGGCGGCAGCAGCAGCAACAAACAGAGACGACCUACUUCCUGCUGCAGCCUCCACACAAAGACCAAAGCUGGUGCUGCCACCAUAGAGAAUGUAGGUGCCGUGGCUGCAUCAGUGCUCAGAGAAGAUCCACCUUCUGCUUUCACCUGGAGUGACUGAGCAGGAGUCACGAUGUGGUGCACUGGAAUCUCCGCCAGUUCCCUGCUCUGGCUUCACCUCGGGGUCCUCGGUGUCGUGUCACCCCUCAGUCUGGAUGACCCCAAUGUGUGUAGCCACUGGGAGAGCUACACGGUGACCGUCCAGGAAUCGUACUCGCACCCGUACGACCAGGUCUUUUACGAGUCCUGCUCCGACAUCCUCACCUGGUUCAAGUGCACCAGACACAGGACGAGCUACAAGACAGCGUACCGCCAGGGAGUCCGGACAAUGUACCGCAGACGCUCGCAGUGUUGCCCGGGAUUCCAUGAAAGUGGAGAGCUGUGUGUCCCUUUGUGUUCGGCCGAGUGUGUCCACGGUCGCUGCAUCGCUCCGGACACCUGCCAGUGUGAGCCCGGCUGGGGGGGCGGGGACUGCUCAGACGGGUGUGGGCCAGACUUGUGGGGACCUCAGUGCGUCAACCGUUGCCAGUGUCUCAAUGACGGCAAGUGUAACCCCAUCUCCGGGGCCUGCCUCUGCGCCGAGGGCUUCCACGGCUGGCGCUGCGAGGAGUCAUGUGACCCGGGCCAAUACGGCAAGAACUGCCUGCUCGACUGUCAGUGUCUCAACGGCGCCACCUGCCACCACCAGACGGGAGAGUGUCUGUGUGCUCCUGGCUACACAGGCGACUUCUGCCAGGAUGAAUGCCCAGAUGGUUCCUUUGGACCUCAGUGUGCCCUCGCGUGUGACUGUCCCAGCGGAAGCAAAUGCGACCACAUCGCCGGGACGUGUCUCUGCGACAAGGAGUGCCAGAAUCGGCAGUGUCCCGCCUCUCUGUACGGAGUCUCCUGCGACAAAAUCUGUCCCUGUCGACUCACCAGCACGCUCAGGUGCCAUCAGUUGACGGGGGCGUGCACCUGCGAGGCCGGGUGGGCGGGGCUUUACUGUAAUGAGACGUGUAUGAGAGGAUUCUACGGCGGCAAUUGCAAAAAGCAGUGCUCCUGUGCAAACGGCGCUGACUGUGACUUUGUCAGUGGACAGUGUUUGUGUCCACCUGGAUACGUGGGCGAAGACUGCUCCAGGGUCUGCGCUCCAGGGUUCUAUGGGAUCAACUGUUCACUGUCAUGCUCCUGUGUCAACCACACUUCCUGUUCCCACCUGGAUGGGACCUGCAUCUGCAAAGAAGGCUGGCGUGGUGUCGACUGCUCCCUUCCCUGCUCCGGAGGAUUCUGGGGUCGGGGCUGUAACCAGACUUGUCAGUGUGCCAACGGGGCGGCAUGUGACCCAGUUGACGGCAGCUGCCAGUGCUCUGCCGGUUGGACGGGUCUGAACUGUGACCUUCCGUGUCCGGUGGGCUCCUUUGGGCUGGACUGCAAAGAGUCAUGUGACUGCCUCCACGCGCCUGCCUGUGAGCCGACGACUGGAGUCUGUCACUGCCUCAAUGGCUGGACAGGUGUGCGGUGCGACAGCCAGUGCCCUCAGGGUCUCUGGGGUCCAAACUGUUCGUCCAGCUGCAACUGCUUGAACGGAGGGUCGUGUUCUCCGGAGGACGGAACCUGCGUGUGCGCUCCUGGCUACCGUGGCAACAACUGCAAGAGAAAGUGCGCCCCCGGGUUCUUCGGCCACCGCUGCGGUCAGGCGUGUCCUCAGUGUGAGCACAGCGACGGGCCGUGUCAUCACGUCACCGGACACUGCGAGUGUCUCGCCGGGUUCUCCGGCUUGCUGUGCAACCAGGUGUGCCCCAGUGGAAGGUUCGGACCCCAGUGCUCUCAGACCUGCUCCUGCAGCAACAAUGGCAGCUGUCAUCACAUCGAUGGAACCUGUCAGUGUGUCCCGGGCUGGAGGGGAGACGACUGCUCCAUUUCUUGUCCGCAGGGUUCAUGGGGUCCAGACUGCAUCCACACAUGCAAGUGUCAAAACGAAGCUCAGUGUCGCUCCACGGACGGCGAGUGUUCCUGCGGCCCUGGCUGGAUGGGACUCUACUGCUCACAACGAUGCUCGACCGGUUUCUACGGCAACCAGUGCUCUCAAGCCUGCACCUGCCAGAACAGCGCCGACUGUGACCACGUCAGCGGGCAGUGUCUCUGCCGGACCGGCUUCAUCGGCUCCAACUGUGAACUCCGCUGUCCUCCGGGGACCUUUGGAUUUGGGUGUCAGCAGUUGUGCGAGUGUUUGAACAACUCCACCUGCGACUUUGUGACGGGAACCUGCAACUGCAGAGAGGGAUACCAGGGGGUCCACUGUGACCGAGCGGUCCUGACGAUGGAGCAGCUGGUUCCGGUGCCAGCCUCAGACCGCCGGGCCUCCAGCGCUGCGCUCGCCGUCGUCCUCCUCCUGUCCAUCAUCUUUGCAGCUGUGGUUCUGGGCUUCUGGUUGUGGCAACGCCACCGAGACAAGGACCAUCACCUCCCCAGCGUUAGCUACACACCGGCCCUCAACAUCACGUCUGCCGGAGUGCAGUGCACCGGCCUGCUGUCUUCCACAGAGUCCUCCCCGAACAGCAGCAUCUCCAGCGGCCGCUGCUUCUCCAACCCGGCCUACCGCACCCUGUCAAGCCCCGCCUACCGCACCAUCUCCAGUCCCGCCUACCGCCGCCUCUCCAGCCCCACCUACCGCACCGUCGGACCCUGUGCUUAUGCCGCACAUUAUUCCAAAUCAGAGAAGAGGAGCAAGGCCAAGAUGAAGUCGACAAUGCGGCGGCACCGGAACAGUGCGCCAGAGUGGGGUGCCUACUGCAACCUCCGUGAUCUAGGCGUUUACUGCGUCGACCGGCGCUACAGUUGCCAAGCAGACCACCACUUCAGCCAGGAGCCUCUCAAGCGCCAAUACCACGAGGACGUCAAAGGUUGGAGGUCCAGCAGCGGCUCCGUCAGCACCGAGAACCCCUACGCCACCAUCAGUGACCCCCCUAACGGGCUGGUCCACCUCGGGAGGCCGCACGAGAGCAGCUACGUGGAGAUGACCACGCCCACUCGCCAUGACACAGCGAGCCACCGCGGCUCCCUGGUCUCUGGCCGCAGGUUCUACGACACGGAACCGACCAUCAGCCUGAUCCAGACCCCGGGAUUUCCCUGCUACCUUCAGCACACCUACGACCUGCCCAGGAACAGUCACAUCCUGAGCCACUACGACCUGCUGCCGCUCCGUCCCAACCCCCUCCACAGCCAGGGCCCCCCAGCCUCCAGCAGGCCGCCCAGUCCCGUCCUCUAAAGCCCCAGAGUUUUGGCUGGAUCUCCUUUCAUUCGUCUCUUACGCAGCUGUCCAGUCAAAUGGUCUCCUUCCAGGUCACUUGGUGCAAUGUAGUGCUGCGGCUCGGACUCGCGGCAGCAAUGGUGGAGAUGGUCUUCAGUUCAGUGACCUCAGGAUCUCCUCCCUGCUUGUCACAGGGGAUGUGGAGCAGCAGCUCCUUCCUUCAGUUCUCACAGCAGAUUGUGAAGCAGCCGGGAUGAAAAUAGGUCCUCCACAUCCUAGUUCUCAGUUGCACUGGGGUGGACUGUCUUGUCCACUUUGCUAGACCCUCCCCCCGGUGAAGGAGUUCAAGUAUCAUGGGCUCUUGUUCACGAGUGAAGGAAGGACCGAGCAUCGUGAGUAAAGAAAGAGCUGAGCCAGAAGACAAAGCUCUCCACUGAGCGGUGGGUUUCUGCACUCACCUCUGGUCAGACUGAAGUCUUCCAUGGGGAUAUGGCAAGGAGCCAAGUCAUCUGGGGAAGACUCAAAUUAGAAUCGCUCCACACAGAGAGGUCAGGUGAGGUGACUCCAUGGAGCAUGUCCAACUGGGAGGGAGCCCCGUGAAACCCAUCGCCCCAGGAAUGAGCCCAGUGGUGGGUUCAGGAGAGGCGGAAGUCUGGGCCUCUUUGCUCCCGCUGCUGCCUCUGCGACUUGAGUCUUGAGGAACGACUAAGUGCGUACAUAGAUAAAAGCUCCACAUCGGACAAACUGACGCCUCUUGACCAAAUCACUUUUUUACGUUGUCAUGAUGUAAAUAAAGUUUUGACGCAUUUUU